AAUAUAAAGCAUUUAAUGGCAAACUUCAAUACAUGCCAAAAUCUGUGAAAAGGCACCUUUAAUAGUUACUUAGUAGGUAAACACGGCACGCGGUUAAGACAUAUGGAAAUCGAAAGUGGUUUUGUAAAGAAAUCACAAAAUGGCGUCUAACUUAAACACUUCGCAGCAAAAGGGAUCAGACGUAUUUUACGACGUUUGUUGUUCUGUUUGCGAAGAGGAUGGCAAACAUAAUGAAGGACUGUUUCAUUGUAAAAUAUGUUUUAAAACAUACUGCGACGAAUGUGUGAAAAUGCACAAAAAGCUACUUAAGGAUCACGCGGUGUCAGCAAAAUCUGACGGUGAAAGCUGGUAUGUUGCGAACAAAGUGGACGAUAUUAUAGAGUUAUGUGAGGAGCACACGACUGAGAGACUAACGAUGUUCUGUGAAGAUCAUGAACAGUUGCUAUGUCAUUUAUGUCUCCUCCUAAAACACAGGCAAUGCAGUAAGGUGUUUGCAUUGGCUGAACAGGCCAAAUCAAACUCACAACGUAUAGCCCUUGUUCAUGUGACGAAAGGAAUAGAAAUGUCGCAGAAGCGUUUAAAGGAUAUGGUGGACAGAGGAAAAGAUAACAUAAAAUCACUUAAAGCUUCUUACGAACAAAUUUGUGAAGAAAUACUUGAUGAACGUCGACAGAUCAACGAGAAUCUUGACCGACUUCAGCAAAACACCAUAAGAGAAUUGGAAUCAAUUCACGAACGCUUAAAUAAUUCCAUUGAAGAUGACACCAAGCGAUGCUUAGAAUGUAUUUCAAAGUUAAAGAUAUAUGGCGCUAAGCUUAAAGACAAUAUUCUACCUGAACGAACGUUUAUUACGUUAAGAAAAUGUAUUGAUCAAACUGCUGCAGCAGAUUCACUUUUAAAAAGCAUGAUCAAGAAUGAUGGAACUGAUAUUAAAUUCCAGCCUAACCGUGAAUUGAUUCAAUGUCAUGCAGACUGCACUGAUCUUGGGAAAAUCAUCAUAGGCGAUCCACAACAUAACGUUGAUCCAAACAAGAUUGUCAGCAUCGAGGACAAGUCAGAAUAUAAUGUUCGAACAGCUACUGAUAAAUACACAUGUUCGAUUACGGGUAUAUGUACGACUUCCAACGGGGAUCACGUCAUUGCUGACUGUUACAAUGAUUGUGUGAAACUCCUUAAUCAGGCGUAAAAGGUGAUUGAUCAAGUUCAGCUUCCUACUACUCCGAUGUCCAUGUGUAGCAUUUCCUCCUUCGAA